AUGGAGCUCACUUUCAUCUCGUUGUUGCCAAGAACGAUGCUUAACCGGGGCGACGAGGCAAGUAGGCGAUUCGCAUGUAUCGUCUUAGAUUGUGUCCUGGACUUGAUCUCCUGUGUGGGUGUGGAGCUCAUGAUUGUGCUAAGCUAUGCAAGUGACUACAACGUAAGUGUGAUGGGAUUCUGGGACUUCAUGUGGCAAAACGAUGAGUGGGCAGCGCGAGCUUUAAAUGAAUUUCGGAUGGUCUUCGUGGUCUCUUUGUCGGAUUUGGCAAGUCGCGCCAUCUUCUCACUGGGUCUAAUACUUACAACCACAAAUAUGAAGGAAUUGCUGCAAUGCCUUCCACAACAGAGGCUGCGCACCCAAUGUGCACGACUAAUGCUACGUGCAGCUCAUCUAUUCUUUGGAGCAUGGGGGGUUGUAGUACUAGGACUACACAUUCACGCGUCUAUGCAGCCAACACUAAGUCAGUGCUUACUACAAGUUCGACCGUGGGCAACAUCACGUCCAUCCUGUUACUUAGUCGGUCUUGAUUGCCACACCUCUACUGUCGUUCAACUUCUCAUUCGCCACUGUCCGACGUUAGAGAUCCCACCUUCCAUUAGCAAGUUCCACAGUCUUCAUGGCGUCAAAGUGUACAACUCGACAAUCGUCGACUGGGAUGACUCAGCUGCAUUCACGAGUGAGAACCACCCAAACGUUUUAUCACUGUACCUUGUCCGUGUCAACAUGACCGACGGUGUGUUGCCUGCGGGAUUGCACUCGCUCGAUUUCCCGCCCAAUCUUCGCGAUAUCGAGUUCUGCGUCACAAACCUGCAGGCGAUUCCACAAGAUCUCGACCUCAAUUGA